CGAGUGAGGACUUUUUAUGCCAUAGAAGUAGUGUUUGAGCGAACGUUGAAUAUUAGAGUUUCUGAGAAGGCAGAAGCUGGAGUGGGAGAUUUGUGUCGAGAACGCAUGCAGAUCUGAGAAUACAAGGCACGCUUUUCCAAAUAAGAAGUUCCAUCUGAUGCUGUCUUUUUGCUAUCACAGUAUUCCUAUUUGCUAUUCAGUUACAUCACAGAAGCAUCUCUGUUACAAAGUGCUAUUGCUAUCUCUGUCAACACCGUUAGAGAGUCUAGGUCCUGCUCCUAAGGUGCAAGAAAGAAAAUGUUGCGGCACUCGUUUCGUCGUUUGUUUGCCGCUGGGGCCGAGGCAACGCAUGAGCACACAAACAGGCUGCUUCUUACAAUGGGAUCGCCAUACGAGAGCAUUUUCCUGAAAAAGCCGAUUGAAAGUCUGACGGUACCCGGUCGAGAGGGAUCCUUCACAGUCACAAAUAACCACUCGCAGCUAGUCUCUCAACUGCAACCCGGACCCAUUACAGUAAAGGCCGGGGACGGCGGAGAAAGCAGCACAUACUUCAUCUUAUGUGAUGGCAAUGAUGGCACAGUGAAUGUGAAUGAUGUUCAAUAGUUGAAGUUGUAGAGAUCCCGUAAGCAGCGACUAGUGCUUGGGACGUUUUGCCACUCGUAUAUUUCUUGUGUAGAAAAACUGCAACUAUCAUUAUGAAUCAAGUACGUAUAGUAUACAAGUGUACUUCCACUACUAUUAGGUAGUGUAGAUGUAGUAGAAAACAUCACACCUUCUUUUUCUCUUGCUCUUCAUAUGCCAGCGACGGUUUCCUGUUCUUCAACCAGCCGUCAGACGGGAGUGGAUGCUGCACAGUAGAGGUAAGCGGAUUUGAGAUCGUGCCCACAGACAUGCUGGAUAAGGAGAAAGCGGCAGCGCUGCUUGUGGAGCUAAAUGCCGGUCCGAAGGACACUGAAUGGGACAAGGCCAAAAUUCAGCUCGGUUCCGGACUACUGAACCAGGUAAUCAAGUCAGCGACGGGGGCGUGAUUUCUAUAGAUACUAUUCCUAUCGGUAUCGUUCAAGAAGUAAUCAGUCUUAUUCCUAUUAUUCUCGUCCAGACUGUUCUGCUAUCGUCCUUGCAGGAUAUUACUAUCGUUUAAGUAGUCAGUCUUAGUGCUACUAUUCUCGUCCACACCUUAGUUCGACAACGACAUUCACCUUGGGCUGAACAUUUGCAGGUCCGCAAAUCAUGUUGACUUCACUCACACUCACACCGAACCAGGUGAGCCCCCAAAGUGAACUAUCUUUGAUCUUCCAGAACGCUCUUUUUCUUGAUAAGAUGAAUCUGCUCCAAUGAUAUCUAUUUCACCUCCAACAUCCCUCAGCCUCCUGCACGUGACUGUUGAGGACGUUGACCUAGAGCUGCACUUCUAGUCUUUUUCUAAGAUCAACGUCUUGAACUCAUUCUGAGAUUAGAAACAGGAUGAGUUGCAGAGCCAAAUGAUUGUAG